AUGAUCAGCCAAUGUUCUCCUGUGCAAGUGAAUAAAUCUGAAGGUGAGUCUGAUCAGCAUCUGGAAACAGUGAAAUGCUUUGCAGAGGGUGAAAACACACAGGUGGGAUGUAGUGCGCAGGUUGAAAGCAAGAACAGCAGCAUUGGAAUCUCAGAAGGAGGAAGUUUUUUAGCAUCACCCUCAGAUUCUAAGGUUGACAAACAAGAGACUUGCGUAUCGGAGAAUUCCCAAGGUGAUGAAUCAAAUCAAGCAGAAAUGGAGAGUUUAGACAAGGAAGACCAGCUUCUGAGAGGCAAAGAGUUUGGAGUUGUAGAAGAAACAGAAAGUAAAGAAAAAGAAGUUGUGGAAGAAAUAGACAAAAAGGCUGAACAACAUAUUGAAAGUCAUGGCAUUGCCAAUGACCUUGAUGAACAUGUUCAAGUAAUCUCAGAUCAACAGGAUUCAAUCAAUGAAAAUCCACAAUGUGUUGAAAAGGAGGCAAAGAGUUCACAUGAAGAUGUGAAAGGAAGGCAAAUGGCAGAUGAAAUUGCUGAUUCAUCCAGUGAACACGUUUCCGUUCUACUUGAGGAACGCUCAUUUCAAGAGGAUGAAGCUGCAGUUCGUACUCUCGAUUUGACGAACAACAGCUUCAAGAAGGAUAUUAUGCCAGAGACUUCAAUUGAUGAAAACACAGACAAUACCUCCAGCACCAAUACCAUAUUUCAAGAAGAAUUUGAGGAAGAAACAGGAAUCAAAGGACUAAAGAACAAGGCACCGGAGUCCUUUUAUGCAGUGUAUGAGGAGAAGCCUGAAGCAACUGUGUUUAACAAUGAUAGAAGUACAGAUGAUGACUCCAGCUCAACAAUAGUUGCAGGUCCUGACAUUCCGAAUGAUGAACCAGCCUUGGAAGCUAAAGAGUGUGCUGAGGACAAGCUACAAAAGACAUCUAUGACAGAUGAUCAUGAGGAAAAAGCUGGACUUGAAGUAGGGAAGAAGGCAAAUGAGGCCCCUGGUAUCCCAGACACUCCACUUAUCACACAAACAGAAGAGGCACACUUGCCGGAAGUAGGAAAUCCUGAUAUAUUUGAAGUAUAUCCUGAAAUCGGGUCAGAAGACAUCAUCAAGGAGAGUCCAAAAGAACCUGAGUACCAAAACGAAUUCCUUGAGGAAACUCCUGAAGCCAGUAACACUGCAAGUGAAACAGUUAAAGAUGAUGAAAGUUCAGAACGACAUUUUGGCAGUCCAUGCAUGAAACAUGAGGAAAAUACACAGAGAAAAGGUGAGGCACUGGAUGUGGGAGAGGCUAAAGCAGGGGAGGAGGAGGAUAGCCAAGGAUUUGCUGCUGUAGGACCUAUCCAGGAAACAGAGCAGAGCAAUAUGAAUUCAGCAGAACACAAAGGAGAAACUGAGACUAACUUAGUUGAGCAAAUUGAAUCUGCACACUACGAUACUGAAAGACCCUUUAAUUUAAAUUCUGAGGAGAAUGACACAGAAAGUUUGAGAGAAAAUACCAAAACAAUUACCACUGAUGAAGCAGAGAGACAAGUUAUAAACCUUGAACAAAGCUUCAAGAAAGAAGGGAAGGAAGAUUCAGCAAUUCCUAGUUAUGAAAUCACUGAAGAUGAAAUUCCUGAAGAAAAGGUUCUUAAAGAACCAGAGAUUUCUGGAGGAGGUGAGAGCACCACACGGGAGCUAAAUAAGAAUAUCGAAAUACCUGAAAAUAUUACGUCAACAGUGAAAUGUGAAGAAGGUGAGCAGGGAGAAGGUAAGAACACAGCUCCAACAAAAGCUACAGAAGAGGAUCACAGAGAUGAGGACCCAUUUACUGUCGAAGUGGCUGAAGAAGAUCAUGACUAUAACAGUGCAAUCUCGGUUACAGAAAUGAGUGCAAAAGUAACAUCAAAUGAUGAAGAAGAUGCACCACAGGCCUUGCAGAAAUAUGAACCAGGAGGGGAGCUUCAAAAUGUGCUGGAUGUGAUGCCUGAGGACAUUAAGACAGAAACAUCCAGGGAAAGUGCAGAAGUAAUUAUCUGCAGAAAAGAGGAAAGAACAAUUCAGAACUCACAAGAAUCCUCAGACAAAGAAAAGAAAGAAGAUAUCGAAAGCACAAAUAAUACAGAAGAAAAUGACACUGCAGUGGUGGAGGCAUGUACUAAGGCAGCUGAUUUGAGUACAAUUAUAGAGGAAAAGAACUUAGAGGAGCAGGAAAUUCAGAAACUCUCUUCUUCAUUGUUAGUAGAAGAAACAACUAAGGAAAUCUCAGAGGAAGAAGAAAUCUAUGGAGUGAUACUAAAAGAAGAGAGAAAGGAAGCACAUGCAAAAUGUAAGGAGCCCGCUGAGGGAGCAAAUCUGACACAAGACUUCAAAUCUGAAACUACAGAAGACAGAACAGAGACAGAUAAGGACAUCUAUGCUCCAAUUUCAGAGGGAGGAAACCAUGCAGAAGAAAGCAAGAAAACAUUUGUUCCAAAAAAUUCCUUUCUCUCUGAUGUACCCGAGAUGGAGAUCGAAAAACAUUUUCAGGUGAACUAUGUGCCUACAGUUCGCAAUUUUGACUCUGUGUCUGGAAUAGUGAGUCAAGUAACAGGCUUGGAGGAAGCUGAAACAGAGAACCAGGAGCAGGAAAAAAAGAAUGAUAUUACUCCUGAAGAGAAGGUUCUACCAACCAUCUUCACCAGUGAAAAGAUUGAUGUACAAGAAGAGGAAAAUUUCAAUUCAAAAGAGAAGUUUGAGAAUCAGAUUCCAACAACAGCAGAUAAACCUGAAACAUGCUUGAAAGAAGCUGAAGCAGAAAAUAAGGAGCAUGUCCAAAAUAUUGAUCCUGAAGAGAAGGGUGUGGAAACCAUCUUAACAGAUAAAACAGCCUUGGACAUUGAAGAUAUUGCUGUACAAGCAGGGGAAAAUUUCAAUUCAAAAGAGAAUUUGGAGGAGCAGAUUCCAACAGCUGCAGAUGAAGGUGAAACAUUCUGGAAGGAAGCUGAAGCAGAAAAUAAGAAGGAGAUCAAACAUACUGAUAUUGCUUCUGAAGAGAAGGGUCAAGAGAUCAUCUUAACGGAUGAAACGGCCUUGAACAUUGAAGACAUUAAUGUACAAGCAGAGGAAAAUUUGAAUUCAAAAACAACUUGGAGAAGCAGAUUCCAACAUCAGCAGAUGAAGAUUCCAACAGCAGCAGAUGAAGGUGAAACAUUAUGGAAGGAAGUUGAAGCAGAAAACAAGGAGGAGAUCAAACAUACUGAUAUUGCUUCUGAAGAGAAGGGUCUAGAAACCAUCUUAACGGAUGAAACAGCCUUGGACAUUGAAGACAUUAAUGUACAAGCAGAGGAAAAUUUGAAUUCAAAAGACAACUUGGAGGAGCAGAUUCCAACAUCAGCAGAUGAAGCUGAAACAUUCUCGAAUGAAGCAGAAGCAGAAAACAAGGAGGGGAUCAAACAUACUGAUAUUGCUCCGGACAAGAAGGGUCUAGAAACCAUCUUAACGGAUGAAACGGCCUUGGACAUUGAAGACAUUUAUGUACAAGCAGAGGAAAAUUUCAAUUCAAAAGACAACUUGGAGGAGCAGAUUCCAACAACAGCAGAUGAACAUGAAUCAUGCUUGAAAGAAGCCCAAGCAGAAAAUAAGGAGCAGGUCAAAAAUACUGAUAUUAUUCCUGAGGAGAAGGGUUUAGUAACCAUCUUAACAGAUGGAACAUCCUUGGACAUUGAAGAUAUUUAUGUUCAAGCAGAGGAAACUUUCAACGCAAACGAGAACUUGGAGGGGCAGAUUCCAAAAGCAGCGGAUGAAGGUGAAACGUUCUUGAAGGAAGUUGAAGCCCAAAAUGAGGAGCAGGCGAAAAAUAUUGAUAUUGGUCAUGAAGAGAAGGGUCUACCAACCAUCUUAACAGAUGAAACGGCCUUGGACAUUGAAGAUAAUGACGUACAAGCAGAGGAAAAUUUUAAUUUAAAAGAGAACUUGGGGAAGGAGAUUCAAACAACAGCAGAUGAACGUGAAACAUUCUUGAAAGAAGCCGAAGCAGAAAAUCAGGAGCAGGUCAAAACUACUGAUAUAGUUCCAGAAGAGAAAGGUCUAGCAACCAUCUCAGCAGUUGAAACGGCCUUGGACAUUGAAGAUAUUGAUUUAAAAGCAGAGGAAAAUUUCAACUCUAAAGAGAUUUUAGAGAAGCAGAUUCCAACAGCAGCAAAUGAAGGAGAAACAUGCUUGAAGGAAGCCGAAUCAGAAAACAAGGAGCAGACAAAAGAUAUCAAUAUUGCUCCAGAAGAGAAGGGUCUAGCAACCAUCUUAACAGAUGAAACGGCAUCAGAAAUUGAAGAUAGUGAUGUACAAGCAGAGGAAAAUUUCAACUCAAAAGAGAACUUAGAGAAGCAGUUUCCAACAGCAGCAGAUGAAGUUAAAACAUGCUUGAAAGAAGCCAAAGCAGAAAAUAAGGAGCAGGUCAAAGAUACUGAUAUUGUUCAUGAGGAGAAAGGUCUAGCGACCGUCUUAACAGAUGACACAUCCUUGGACGUUGAAGAUAUUGAUGUACAAGCAGAGCAAAAUUUCAACUCAAAAGAGAACUUGGAGGAGCAGAUUCCAACAGCAGCAGAUGAAGAUAAAACAUGCUUUAAGGAUGCCGAAACAGAAAACAAGGAGCAGACAAAAACUACUGAUAUUGCUCCAGAAGAGAAGGGUAUAGCAACCAUCUCAGCAGUUGGAAUGGCCUUGGACAUUGAAGAUAUUGAUUUAAAAGCAGAGGAAAAUUUAGAGAAACAGAUUCCAACAGCAGCAAAUGAAGGAGAAACAUGCUUGAAGGAAGCCGAAUCAAAAAACAAGGAGCAGACCAAAGAUAUCAAUAUUGCUCCAGAAGAGAAGGGCCUAGCAACCACCUUAACAGAUGAAACGGCAUCAGAAAUUGAAGAUAGUGAUGUACAAGCAGAGGAAAAUUUCAACUCAAAGGAGAACUUAGAGAAGCAGUUUCCAACAGCAGCAGAUGAAGUUGCAACAUGCUUGAAAGAAGCCAAAGCAGAAAAUAAGGAGCAGGUCAAAGAUGCUGAUAUUGUUCAUGAGGAGAAAGGUCUAGCGACUGUCUUAACAGAUGACACAUCCUUGGACGUUGAAGAUAUUGAUGUACAAGCAGAGCAAAAUUUCAACUCAAAAGAGAACUUGGAGGAGCAGAUUCCAAUAGCCGCAGAAGAAGAUAAAACAUGGUUUAAGGAUGCCGAAACAGAAAACAAGGAGCAGACAAAAACUACUGAUAUUGCUCCAGAAGAGAAAGGUCUAGCAACCAUCUCAGCAGUUGAAACGGCCUUGGACAUUGAAGAUAUUGAUUUAAAAGCAGAGGACAAUUUCAACUCUAAAGAGAUUUUAGAGAAGCUGAUUCCAACAGCAGCAAAUGAAGGAGAAACAUGCUUGAAGGAAGCCGAAUCAGAAAACAAGGAGCAGACAAAAGAUAUCAAUAUUGCUCCAGAAGAGAAGGGUCUAGCAACCAUCUUAACAGAUGAAAAGGCAUCGGAAAUUGAAGAUAGUGAUGUACAAGCAGAGGAAAAUUUCAACUCAAAAGAGAACUUAGAGAAGCAGUUUCCAACAGCAGCAGAUGAAGUUGAAACAUGCUUGAAAGAAGCCAGAGCAGAAAAUAAGGAGCAGGUCAACGAUACUGAUAUUGUUCAUGAGGAGAAAGGUCUAGCGACCGUCUUAACAGAUGACACAUCCUUGGAUGUUGAAGAUAUCGAUGUACAAGCAGAGCAAAAUUUCAACUCAAAAGAGAACUUGGAGGAGCGGAUUCCAACAGCAGCAGAUGAAGAUAAAACAUGCUUUAAGGAUGCUGAAACAGAAAACAAGGAGCAGACAGAAACUACUGAUAUUGCUCCGGAAGAGAAGGGUCUAGCAACCAUCUCAGCAGUUGAAACGGCCUUGGACGUUGAAGAUACUGAUGUACAAGAAGAGCAAAACUUCAAAUCAAAAGAGAACUUGGAUAAGCAGAUUCCAACAGCAGCAUAUGAAGGCGAAACAUGCUUGAAGGAAGCCGAAUCAGAAAACAAGGAGCGGACAAAAGAUAUCAGUAUUGCUCCAGAAGGGAAGGGUCUAGCAACCAUCUUAAUAGAUGAAACGGCAUCAGAAAUUGAAGAUAGUGAUGUACAAGCAGAGGAAAAUUUCAACUCAAAAGAGAACUUUGAGAAGAAGUUUCCAACAGCAGCAGAUGAAGUUGAAACAUGCUUGAAAGAAGCCAAAGCAGAAAAUAAGGAGCAGGUCGAAGAUACUGAUAUUGUGCAUGAGGAGAAAGGUCUAGCAACCGUCUUAACAGAUGACACAUCCUUGGAUGUUGAAGAUAUUGAUGUACAAGCAGAGCAAAAUUUCAACUCAAAAGAGAACAUGGAGGAGCAUAUUCCAACAGCAGCAGAUGAAGAUAAAACGUGCUUUAAGGAUGCCGAAACAGAAAACAAGGAGCAUACAAAAACUACUGAUAUUGCUCCAGAAGAGAAGGGUCUAGCAACCAUCUCAGCAGUUGAAACAGCCUUGGACAUUGAAGAUAUUGAUGUAAAAGCAGAGGAAAUUUUAGAGAAGCAGAUUACAACAGCAGCAGAUGAAGGUGAAACAGGCUUGAAGGACGCUGAAGCAGAAAAAAAUGAGCAGGUAAAAAAUGAUAUUGCUCCUGAAGAGAAGGUUCUAGCAACCAUCUUAACAGAUGAGACAUUGUUGGAUGUUGAAGAUAUUGAUGUACAAGCAGAGCAAAAUUUCAACUCAAAGGGGAACUUGGAGGUGCAUAUUCCAGCAGCAGCAGAUGAAGGUGGAACAUGCUUGAAAGAAGCCAAAGCGGAAAAUAAUGAGCAGAUCAAAGAUACUGAUAUUGUUCAUGAGGAGAAAGGUCUAGCGACCGUCUUAAAAGAUGACACAUCCAUGGACAUUGAAGAUAUUGAUGUUCAAGCAGAGCAAAAUUUCAACUCAAAGGAGAACUUGGAGGAGCAGAUUCCAACAGCAGCAGAUGAAGAUAAAACAUGCUUUAAGGAUGCCGAAACAGAAAACAAGGAGCAGACAAAAACUACUGAUACUGCUCCAGAAGAGAAAGGUCUAGCAACCAUCUCAGCAGUUGAAACGGCCUUGGACAUUGAAGAUAUUGAUGUAAAAGCAGAAGAAAUUUUCAACUCCAAAGAGAUUUUGGAGAAGCAGAUUACAACAGCAGCAGAUGAAGGUGAAACAGGAUUGAAGGAUGCCAGAACAGAAAAUCAUGAGAAGGUAAAAAAUGAUAUUGCUCCUGAAGAGAGGGUUCUGGCAACCAUCUUAACAGAUGAAACAGCAUCAGAAAUUGAAGAUAGUGAUGUACAAGCAGAGGAAAGUUUCAACUUAAAAGAAAACUUGGAGAAGCAGAUUCCGACAGCAGCAGAUGAAGGUGAAACAGGCUUGAAGGAAUCCGAAUCAGAACACAAUGAGCGGGUAGAAAAUGAUAUUGCUCCUGAAGAGAAGGUUCUAGCAACCAUCUUAACAGAUGAAACGGCCUUAGACAUUGAAGAAAUUUACGUAGAAGCAGAGGGGGGAAAUUUUGACUCAACGGAGUUCGUGGAAAAUCAGAUUCCAACAGAAGCAGGUAAGACCACGGAGCAAAGCUUUCAAGUGCAAAGUCUUGAGGAAGCAGAUCCAACAUUGGGAGUUGAAGAUGAGAGUCACGAAACAGAAGAUCAUCCUGAGAAGAAUAACAUGAUAGUUGAAGAGGUCUUUGAUAAACCAAAGAUCACAGGCAGAGAUUUGAACAAAGAAGAAAUCCUAGAAGGCAAUGUCACCUUUUCACCAGAAUCAAUUGAAGAAGAUACAGGUAAUAACUCCCAAGAAAUUGAAAAAGAGAUAAAAAAUCUCAAAGAAGAGGGAAGCAGUGUAGAGAGCAUGAAAGAAGGCAAUGGUGAUGACCUCUCACCAGAGUAUAUUCCAGAAGAUGAAAGUGAAAAGUUCAAAGAAGACAAAAUGGAUGCGGUGGAGUCGAAAGAAGAGAUCCUUGAAGAGUCACAUACUGCUGGAAUAGGUGAGAACACAGUAUCUGAGACAAAUAAGAUUGCUGAAGAAAUUCUUAGUACUUUACCAGUGAAAUAUGAAGAAGGUCAGCAGGGAGAAGGUAGCAUCCCAGCUUCAGCAAAAGCUUCAAAGGAAGAAGACCCAAUUGAGGACACAUUUCCUGUCAAGUUGGCUGAAGUCGAGGAUGAUGAUAUUAGUACAGUCGCGGUUAUAGAAACGAGUGCGAAGGUAAUUGGUGAAGAAGGUUCACCACGGGCUGUGCAGAAAUAUGAACCAGGAGAGGGGCUUCAAAAAUUGCUGGAUGUGAUGCCUGAAGAAACCAAGGCAGAAUCAUCAAGAGAAAAUGCACAAGUAAUUACCUGCACAAAGGAGGAAAGAGCAAUUCAGAACAUAAAAGAAUCCAACGAAGAAGAUACAAAUGCCAUAAAUGAUGCGAAAGAAAAAGACACAGGAUCGGAAGAGGUGUUGGAGAGAAACAGCAGAGAACAAGAAACAGGAGAACAUGCAUUACGGGAAAUUCAUCCUCAAGAAUUCAAUGAUAAAGAGACAACUGAAGACAACUCCACGGAAUAUCAGGCGUGUAUUGAGGCAGCUGAUUUUAGCACAAAAAUAGUACAAGGGAACUUAGAGGAACAGGCCAAUCGGGAACUCUCUUCUUCACUGGUGGGAGACAACAUAAUUAAGGAAAGCUCAGAAGAAGAAGAAAAUUAUGUGUCGACUCUGAAAGAAGAGAAAAAGGAAGCGCAUGAGGAAUGUAAAGAGCCCAUUGAGGUCACAAAUAUGAUGGAGGAGGAAACAGAGGAAACAGACUCUGAAACUUUUGAGGACAAAAGAAAGCCAAAUGAGGACCUCUGUACUCCUAUUUCAGAGGAAGAAACCCAUGCAGAAGAAAGUAAUUCCUUUCAGUCCGAGGUAUCUGAGAAGGAUGGCUCCACAGUUAUCAAUUCUGACUCUGUGUCUGGAAUUGUGAGGCACCAAACAGUCCUGAAGGAAGCUGAAGCAGAAAACAAAGAGCAGGUCGAAAAUACUGAUACUGCUCUUGAUGUGAAGGGUCUAGCAACCAUCUUGACGGAUGGAACUACCUUGGACGUUGAAGGUAUUGAUGAACAAUCAGAUGAAAAUUCCAACUCAAAAGAGUUCUCAGAGAGCCAGAUUCCAACAGUUGCGGUUGUGGAUGAAGGUGAAGAGAAGGUAGGACUUGGAAAUAUCAAUUUAGAUGACGCCCCUGUUAACUUUCAAGUGCAAAGUCUUGAAGAAGCAGAACCAACACUGAGAGUUGAAGAUGAGAAUAAUAACAUGAUAGCUGAAGAGGUGAAGCCUCAAAUGUUGGACCAGGUCUUUGAUGAACCAAAGAACACUGAGGGAGAUUUCAAUAAAGGACAAGUCAUAGAAGCCAAUGCUGCAAUUUUUUCACCAGAAUUAAUUCAAGAAGAAACAGUUAAGAACUCUCAAGACAAUGACAAGGAGACAGAAAAGUUAAAGGAAGAGGGAAGCAGCAUAGAGAACAUAAAAGAACUCAAUGCUAAUGACCUCCAACUAGAGUCUAUUCCAGAAGAUGGAAGUGAAAAGUUCAAAGAUGACAAACUAGAAGCAGUGAAGUUCAAAGGAGAGAUCCUUCAAGAGUUACAUGCUGCUGGAGUAGGUGAGGGCACCGCAUGUGAGACAAGCAAGAUUGCUGAAAGGUCUGAAGAAAUUUUUUAUUCUUUACCAGUGAAAUAUGAAGAAGGUCCACUUGGAGAAGGUAACAGUCCAACUUCAGCAAAAGCUUCAAAUGAGGAGGAUAAAGAUGAAGAAACAUUUUCUGUCAAAGUGGCUGAAGACGAUGAUAGCAACAAUGGUGCAGUUACAGUGACAGAAACAAGUGAAAAGGUGACAUCAAAUGAAGAAGGAGAUUCAUCACAGUCUUUGGAGAAAUAUGAAUUGGGAGAGGAGGUACAGGUUAAAACUAGUGAUUUAGCAUAUGAAAACAAGGUUUACAACCUGGAGGUCAAAGCUUCUUUUGCUGAAAGGACAGCAGAAGAGACAAGCUUGAGAAAGGAAGGGCACAAGGAGGUUUCGGAUUUGGCUUUGGAAAAGCUAGAUGUUGAUGCAACUGAUGAAGAAAUCAGAGAAGGAUCUGAAAUAGUUCCUAAAUCUGAUUCUCAAAGCAUUGAUGUAGUUUCCAAAGAUGAUAUCAUUGCUUGUCAGGCACUCCACGAAGGGAUAUCAAAAGAGCAACUUCAAAUACCAUCUUCUACAUUGCUUCCCGAGGAAAAAGAGCUCAAAUCUAAUCAACAUGAGCAUGAAACUACAACCCAAGACAAGAAUAUAGAAGAAGAGCACACACAUGAAAGGGCAGUGCCAGCUGAUGAAAACACGGGAGAUUUAUUUGCUGCAAGGUCAGUAGAAGAGGCACACUUGCAAAAGGAAGAACCCAGAGAGCUCAAAGCUUCUGAAUUGUCUCUGGAAAAGCUAGAUGCCGGUGAAAGUGAAGAAGAAAUCAAAGAAAGUUUUGAAACGGUCUCUAAAUCUGAUUGUCUAAGCAUUGAUACAGUUUCCAAAGAUGAAAUCAUUGAUGAUCAAACACUCCUUGAGGGGAUAACAGACAUGCAACUUCAGAUACCAUCUCAUAGUUUGCUUCCCAAGGAAGAGGAGCUCAAAACUUAUGAACACAAGCACGGAAUUACAACCCAAGACAAAUCCAUAGAGGAAGAGCAUGCCAAGAAAAUAGAAAUGCCAGAAGAGACAAUCUUGCACAAGGAAGAGCCCAGGGAGCUCAAAGUUUCUGAAUUGGCUCCAGAAGAGUUGAAUGCUGAUGAAACAGAAGAAGUCAAAGAAACCUUUGAAACAGUGUCUAAAGCUGAUUCUCAAAGCACUGAUGUAGUUUCCAAAGAUGAGAUCAUUGCUUAUCAGAUAGUCCAUGAAGGGAUAUCAAAAGAGCAACUUCAGAUACCAUCUUCUAUAUUGCUUCAUGAGGAAAAGGAGAUCAAAGCUUCUGAAGAUGAACAUGGAACUACCUCGGAAGAGAUACGUCCACAAAAGGAAGAGCCCAAGGAUGCCAAGGUUUCUGAAAUGGCUCUGAAGACACUGGAUGCAGAUGAAACUGCAGAAGAAACAGAAGAAAUUUGUGAAACAGCAAAUAAAUUUGCUUCUCAAAGCAUUGAUGUAGUUACCGAAGAUGAAGUUGUCGAUGAUCAGACACUCUGUAAAGUGAUAUUAAAAGAGACUCCAUCUACUGCAUUUCUCACAGGUGAAACGAAGCAUGCCACAAUCACUACGACAGAAGAAGAAAACAUGAGCAAUGUGCAAAUACAGGAUGAUGAGAACGGAAACGCUGCAAGCACAGCAGAAGAGAAAAGCUUGCCAAAGGAAGAGCCAAGCGAACUCAAAGUGUUUGAUGUUGAGCUUUACUCUAGUGAAGAAUUACAAAAGGAAAGUUCAAAUGAAGUUCAUGAGGAAGAACGGAGCUCUCUGAUAGGAGUUCCAGAAGUAGAGCCUCAUGAAGAUGAAGAAGGGGAAAGAUAUGAUGAUUCUCCAUUGGGGAACCAGAAAACCACAGAACUAAAGGGAACAACCAUGGAAGCCUCCAAUCUUGACAUUGAAACAAGUGAAAAUGCUUCUGACUGUGCUCCAGAAGAAGGCUUCAGCAGAUCACAAGAUGCUACGAUAAACAGAGAGCACCUAAAGAAUGAAGCAAAUGAAGCAAAUGAAACAAAUGAAACCAUAAAGAAUGAAGUUUCUAAUGAACAGAAGCAUCUUGAGGUAGCAAUAUCUGAUUCAAGGGCAGAAGAGAGGUGGUGUGAGACAACAAUUGAAGCAAAUGAAACCAGGAAGAAUGAAGUUUCAAAUGAAGAGAUGGAGGCUGAAAAGCUAGAGGCAAAAGAUUUGCGGCCCAUUUCUGUUAGUGGAGAAAACAUCAGCCAUAGAGAACAAGAAAAUGAGUUGAUAGCUGAAAAAUAUGAAGGAGAGAAGAGUGAAUCAUUUAAUACCGCAAGAAAUGAAAAUCAGGACAACGAGGAAUCCCCGAAAGAAACUACACAAGUGGCUAAACAUUUAACUGAAGACAAAGAACUUCAAACCGAAGAGAAUCUGUGUGACACAACAAUCAAGGAGGAUAAGGAACUUCCAAAGGAUUCUGAGGCAGACUCUGUCAGAGAAGAGAGCCAUCAAGAAAAAAAAACAAUAGCUGAAGAGUAUCAAGUAGAGAAGACCAAUGAAAGUUCUGUGAUCAGAACAAACGAAAAUCGGGGCGAGUUGCCUGAGGAGAAAGAUACAACAGCUAGCAAAGAAGUGCAAACUGAAGAGGAAGAAGAAGAGCACGAAAAUGCUGAAGAAGUAAAAACAUAUGAAGAGACGGGAGAAAAUGAACACAAAAAUGCAGAGCCAGGCUAUGAUUCUCCCGUCAUUGUAGAAGCCUCUAGAGAUGCUGACGCUAAGAUUUCACAUAAGAAAUCCCAUAAUAUCCUUUCGGGUAUCAAGCAUUCAAUUUCCAAGGUGAAGAAAGCCAUUACCGGCAAGUCUUCUCAUUCAAAGACACAAUCAGAAAAAUAA